AGUUGUAUUAGUUUCCAGUGAUUUAGCCCCAGUUCGACUCUGUCGGUUUAAUAAGUAUACUGUUCAACGAACGGCUGUAUUCUCAGUUUUGCGGAUACUUUCAGAGGUGAAACACCUGGGAUAUGAAAUCUGCUGUGGUGCAUUAAGUGAAUGAAUAUGAGUGAUAAUGCUAAUCUAUUGAAUAUAUGGAAUAUAUAGUGUAAAAGACUGUGCUUUAUUACAUCAAAUUAAAUAUUUGUGAGAUUUGGCAGUCAUUCUGCUUUUGAAGAAGAUUCAGUUUUCAGUAUUUGUGCCCAAAUACAAAUACUGUUGAGUGUCAGUAUUUAGUGAGAUAGAACAAAACCCCACACUUCGCAUUUGAUAUAUAGGUACACUACUGAGAGAGUUUCUCAUUAAUGUGUAAUACCACUGUGGAUUGUGCAGUUUUCAAGCGGUAUUUUUGAAAGUUUAACUAGUAAAAAAAAUUUUGCGCAAAAUCUAUAUUAAUUAUGAAUAGUAGGAAGAAACGUUCCUACAAGGAUUGGGUUAAAGAAAAGACAUUUCCCAAUGAAUCUGAAGCUAUGAAAGCAAUCCUUGAUGAGGGUUGUUGGUCCUAUCGCUUCAAGAAUCAUACCUAUGAGGGUGUAAAAAAAUACUAUGAGUGCAAAUAUGGCAAAAGGAGGAAGAGGAAAUGUGCUCAAGAGCUUCAUCUGAUGUUUGAAAAUACCUCCCACCAAGUUCACUUGUAUAGGACAAACUGUGAGCAUACGCAUAAUUUGUCCAGGCGUUUUGAGCCAAUUUACAGAGUUCCACCACUAAUUGCACCUCAAGUAUUUAUGCCAAAAAAUGAAAUGGCCAGUACUUCAAAUAUGGCCAAUCUUACAAUUGUUAAGACUGAACAUCUCGAAGAGCCUUUUGAAGAACCCGAACUAGAUGUUCACGUUAAAGAUGAACCCAGGGAAACUCAAGAUUAUUAUGAAAAUGAACCCCCUUUGAAGAUGAGAAGGACUCAAAGGAACUGGAGGAAAGAAGCGACAUUUGCCUGUGAACAGGAUGCCCUGGAUUUCAUCAAGCAAGAAGGUUGCUGGGGAUAUCGAUUCAGCAAUAGUACUUUGGAUGGCGUUAAAAACUACUUCCGCUGCAAUUUGACCAGGACACGUGGAAAACAAUGUGCCCAAGAGAUUUACCUGGGUUAUGAGAGAGAAUCAAGUCGUGUCCACCUGUUUCGAACAGAAAACGAACAUACUCACAAUAGUAUUGUAGAGGAAUACAUGAGUUCCAACAAUUCUCAGGCAUUAUACAAUGUUCCUAGUACUUCACAUCCCGUCCCAAAGGAAGAGCCUCUCUCAUCACCAGAAGUCGUUUCUGUUGAUCAAGAGACAAUCAAAAUAGAAUUAUCAGACUCAUCAUCUUCAGCGUCUUUUCAAGAAUUUGUUCAAUUCAACGCUAGUCACUUUGGUGAAGCAUUUCUCGAGCCUGAACCGGUAGUUUUUGAGCAAAAAGCAAAACCACGAAAUAUCUCCCAGAAAAAUUGGCGCAGGGAAAGAAUUUUCCCAAACGCAGAAAUUGCAGAGAGAGCCCUUAAAGUUGAGGCUUGUUGGAGCUAUCGGUUUAAAAAUCACACUUCUGAGGGCAUUAAAAAAUACUUUCGCUGUAACUUAGCCAAACGCCGGGGAAUUCAAUGUGCCCAGGAAGUUCAUCUGCUCUACGAAGCCAAUUCUCCGCAAGUUCACUUGUUCAGGACAGACAGUGAUCAUACUCAUGAUGCCAAUGAAGCUCACGGAAUUGGGAUAACUCCCCUAGUAAAGGAUGAAAUCGAAAUGCUCUAUCGGAAUCAUGUGCGCAGACCAAAGGAGAUUUUGAGUUUUCUCUGUCGCAAUCCUGUGCUUAAGCUUCCAUCAUUGCGACAAGUAUCAAAUUUUCUGCUGUAUUUAAAGAAGAAACAGGAAAGAACUCCUUACGAAUAUUCUGCUGAUUACAGUGAUAUUUUCAUCAAGCAGGAACCCAUUGAGGAUUUUAGUCAAUUGUGCGAGUUCUCCUCGGGAGACCUAUCUUCCGAGUGUGAAGAUGGAGGAGAAAAUAAGGAUGCUGCUCCCGGUGCUCGACCACCGCCACUGCAGACGCAGCCUCUCCCAACCGGUGGACCACCCAACAUUCCGCCACCCCCCGCACCUGGAACCGCCGGUGGUCCACCAAUGUCCGCUGGAACCAGUGGUCCUGAUUUGUCGUUGAGCUUUGGAAAGGGUCCAGCCCGGGGCACAAGUGCCCCAGCCAGCCCAGCCAAGUCUCGUGAAAGUCUCUUGCAACGAGUUCAGAGUCUGACUGGGGCUGCUCGGGACCAGGGAGCAUCGAUCAUUGGAGCUGCUGUAUCCAGUGCAACUCGUCCGGCUUUCAACAAAGAUCGCUGUCUUACUCUGCUUGUGCUUGAUGACCAGAACACCGAUUGGUCCAAGUACUUCCGCGGAAAGCGUCUUCAUGGCGACUACGACAUUCGUGUGGAGCAGGCUGAAUUCCGGGAGAUAUCCCUAACUGCAAGUGCUGAGACUGGAACUGUUGUCACCAUGGCGGUUAUUCGCGGUGGCACUAAAGUUGCGCGCUCUUUUAAGCCGGACUUUGUUCUCGUUCGUCAAGCACCUAGGGAUGGAUCCCGGGACAAUCGGGCAACACUUCUUGGACUCAAAUAUGGAAGUGUUCCGAGUAUCAAUUCGCUCUCAUCUCUCUACCAAUUCCAGGACAAACCAUGGGUGUUUGCUCAUCUAUUGCAACUGCAGAAGAGACUUGGACGAGAUAUCUUCCCACUCAUUGAACAAACUUUCUUCCCAAAUCCUCGCGAAUUGUUCAGCUGGCAGAAAUUUCCAUGCGUCCUCAAGGCGGGACACUGUCAUGGUGGAACAGCAACUGCACGUCUGGACAAUCAGACUGCUCUUCAGGAUUCAGCGGGAUUGCUCUGUGGCUCAGGAAACUCAACGGAUUCUCAGUGCUAUUGCACUCUGGAACCGUAUAUUGAUGCAAAGUUUGAUAUUCAUAUUCAGAAGAUUGGAGGGAACUACAAGGCAUUCAUGCGCAAGUCAAUUUCCGGUCAUUGGAAAACUAAUCAGGGAUCAGCAAUGCUUGAGCAAAUCGCAAUGACCGAUAGAUACAAACACUGGAUCGAUGAGAUAUCUGAACUUUUUGGAGGAAUGGAAGUUUGUGGUUUGUCUGUGGGUGUUGCAAAAGAUGGAAAGGAGUACAUAUUGAGCGCACAAGAUAGCACUUUUCCUCUAAUGGGCGACAGCCAGGAGGAAGAUCGCAGACAUAUUGCUGAUUUAGUUGUUGGACGCAUGCAGAAUGUCUGCCGUCCUCCUGGGAUGUCUAAGACUCAGUCGCGAACUUCAAUCUCAUCGCGCAGCGGAAGUGCUGGUGGAAGUCCAACUGAAGAAUCAGUUGGUGGUGUUUUGGGAUCUCGCCCAGCUCCAACAGGAGCUCCUCCGCCAAUUCCAGAACGCACAACUCCAGGCGUAGGAUCUAUUGGGCGUCAUGGAAGUAUCAGUAGCACUUCUGAUAUUCCCGAUCAGCCAACUGAGAAGGCACCAACACUCAGUUCUGCCAGUCGACGCGAUUCCCAAACAUCUCAGACAUCCAAUGUGUCAGGUGCUUCAGCAACUGCACGUGGUCAGCGUCCUCAGUCACAGUCUUCUGUGGUUGAAGAUGCAGAGGACACGAUGAAAAACUUGAGAAAGACAUUUGCCGGGAUAUUCGGUGAUAUGUAGGAUUUGGCGUUUAAGAAGAAACAGCAAAGAGGAAGGGCAGCUAGUGACACUAGUAGUCUAUUUGGUGGAUUAGGCGAAGGUGGAGUCAUAACAACUGCUCCCACCAAAUCAACUGAUAACGGCAUUGUUCAGGGAGAAACUACAAUGGAUUCCGGAAAAGUAGCAUCUGGUGGAAGCAGUAGUGCAGAUCUGUCGCGUACAUCAUCGAAUGUUUCUUCUUACAGUACAAAUCCUUCUGCUAGCCCUUCCAGGAAUAUAACAGCAGAUACGCAGGAGGAGACAAGACGACCAUCAUCCGAGAGGAUUAAUCCAUUUGACAAACUCAAUACAACAUCAGGUACGUCUAAGGGUACCACCUAUCAGUAUUCAGUACCAUCAAAAGCUGAUGCGCCCAAAGAUGACGAAAAGACGCUGGAUGAUAUAAUUAAAGAUCGCUUUCACAAGCAACAAGGGGUAAGGGAUGAGACUACGGGUAGAUAUAUACCUCCAGCUGUUCCAGUUAGUGAACCUUUAGUGACUGAAACACCACCACCAAGUUCAGCUGACACAGACUCUUCAAGUGACAUUUUUAGCAAGUACAAGACACCCGUACCAAUAGCUGUUGCAACAAAUCGCAGCGAAGCUUUCAAGAAGAAGGACUCAAAUCCUUCCUAUAGUCGAUCGGAGAGUAUGAAGUCCGAUGCUGAACUAAUCUUCGGUACAUCUAAGCCGGAUCUUGCGCACUUUUCAACUGGAAGGUAUGCACGAUCUGGAAGUACCGAUGCUGAGAUAAUCUUUGGCGGAGCACCAACACGUAACAUCAGCAAAUACAGCUACAGCAGUCGCGAGAGUCAGAGUAGCACUGAAUCUGACAAUAUCUUCACAAGGCGAGAAGAAACGAAAUCCUAUUCGUCGGACCGAAGCACUGACUUCGCCACAACGAAAACUUACGAAGGGAUUCAGAACGCUGCUUUUCAGGACUUUGACUCACCGGCAGGUGGAGCUGCAUCAACAACUACGACGUCGACUACAACGUCAACAGUUACAUCCAAAUGGAGUGGAGCUAUUGAUGAUGACUAUGAUCUUAAAUAAAAAAAAACAAGACUAUUUUUUUCUUUAAACUGUUCCAGUAUAAUACCAACUUUUUAAGCAUAAUUCCAAUUUUCAAUGACCCGCAGAUCUAUUGUUAGCAAUUGAACCUAUCAGCCUCGUGAGUUACCGGGUUUCACAGCAUGAAGCAGCAAAAGAAAAGAAAAACAUUGUAGUAUCAUCCUAAAAUCAUAUUUAUUAUUGGACUUAUUGAUGAAACAAAAAAAGAAAAUACAAUAUUUUGAAAUGUUGGCUAAAUCUGCAAAUCGCUUUUAAACACUGAGAAUUAGGCUUUUGGGACGAAGUUUCUUAAACUUCUGCAGGAUAAAAAGAUUUUGAAACAUUGUCCCAAAGCUUCUUUCUCAUUGUGAUAUAAAUAUUAUGCUUAUUAUACUUCCUGGCAUUGAAGCAAUUGCGCGAAUAUUAAAUGGUGUAAAAUGGAAAAAAGUAAUCCGUAUUUGAUUGUUUUAGUUUUUGAAUCUCGUAGCAAAAAGUCUGCUUUAAUUUUUGGCUUUUUUUUUAAUCAAAGAGAGAGGUAAUGAUAUGACAGAGUGCUUUCCUGAAUAGAAAAUCGGAAAACUUGAAAUUGAAACAAGUCUCUGAAUGAUACCACCGAAUGAUGUGAACUUGUCUCACCAAUUUUUUAGGAAAAAGAAUAAUAAAUUGUCCUCUUAAAGUUUUUUUUUAGAAAUAAUUUAUCAGUCAUUUUUCCUCAUUUAACUGUGCCUCUAUAUAUUUUCUAGUUCAAUGUAGAUUUAUUACAUGUCAGAAUAAAAGAGCCAGAUGUAAAAAAAAUAGGAUUAAGAAUUUUCUGGUAAAAUUCAAAAAGAGCAAUAAGGUUUAUUCCCAGGAUUUCCCAGAAAAAUCUUAAACCAUUUCGUAGCAAUUAUUAUAUCAUAUGAGACAAUAUAAAAUAAGCCAUAUAUAGAAAAUAUUAACUGUUUUGAAAACACAAACAAGUAUUUGAUAAAUUGAUAAAAAAAAAUAUUUAAAAACUGUUACAAGAAAUAUUUAGAAAUAUAUAAUGUGAAACUAUAGAAUAUUCACUGAAUUACGUAAUAAUGAAUUACAAAAAAAUAUAUUCAGUAUUGUUGUUCAAUUUCUUUAAAUUGCUUUUCCGUUAAAAGUAAUUUUUAUAAAGAAAUCCUUUCAAAUAAAUUAAAACAUCAAUGAAUAAAUCAAUAAAUUCAAUAAGAUAACAACGAACAUUUAUCAUUGUUUACGUUUUCCUUUGGUUUUUGCGCACAUCUUGGAAAUAGUUGAAAAAAAAAGAAUCACAAGUCACAUAGAGAGUUUCACAAAAAAAAAAAUAAACAAGUAUUAUUGCACUUGAAAAAGUUAAUAAAAGAAAAGUUUAGUAAUUGAUAAGAUUUACACAAAAAAAGUAAAUAAUGUACUCAAUGUUACCAAUCUAUGCUUAUUGCAAAUUGUACUACUUAAUACCAAAUAAUAAGUAAUAAAAUUAAUAUUAAUUGAAAUAUUUCUCAUACAUUGCAUAAAAUAAUAUUAAUGCGACAACUUUUUUGUGAAUGUCUGCAGAAGAUUUCUGCAGAAUUUUGAUUAAAACGACGUUAAUGAGAACAAUUAAAAAGAAAACACAUUUUCCGUAUAAAAAAAAAUACCUAAAUAUUCAUAUGAUACCUAUCAAAUUACCUAACCAAUACAUAAUAUGCAUAACUACAAAAGAAAACUCUUAUUCCGUUUAUGAUGAAUUAACAUACCCUAAAAAAAUAUGUGUUGUGAAAAAUUGUUAAAACUUAAUAAUGGGUUCCAAAGAAGAGGAAAAAUAAAGAGUUUAAGAAGUCUUCAUUGGAUGUAACUGCCA